AUACGCGCAACACGUGCUCACAUAACCUCAAAAAUGUACGAGUAUGCGAAUCAAAACAGUUGAGUUUGGUUUUUGAAAUAGUUGUUUUUAUAACAUGAUAUAAAAACAUAAUUUUGUGAAUAAAAUAAAAUGAAGAAAAUGGGUCACAAAGCACCUAGUGAUAUUUAUUGGACUAUUUUGGAAUUAAAAGGACUUCUCGAAGAUGAGGAAUCGUGUGUAUAUUUUGAAAGGCACAGAACACAUUUGGGGAUGGCUUCUUGUAAAAUACGUAAUAUUGAUUCAGCAUUGAGAGAAAUUUUAAAUUCUAAACUCAAUGCAUAUGAUGCCGAAUUAGAUGGGCUUUUGUUGGCUUAUAAAAAUCCAAUAAUUCUCACUCCUGUCGCAGGAAUUCUUAAUGAUACUUCGUACAUUCACAUAGAUGUAGAAGCGGAUUUUUAUAUUUUUCGACCGAAAGUAGAUGCCAAACUAAAGGGAUUCGUUAAUAAAGUGGGAUUUAAUCACAUUGCAGUUUUAGUUCAUAGAGUAUUUAUUGCUUCUAUUCCACAACCAGAGAACGAAGAAGAUUGGCCAGGCAAUAAUGUGAAAAUGAGACAGGAAAUUAAAUUUACUGUAAAUCAAGUAGAUUUUAGUAGCAAAUUACCUUAUAUUCGAGGUGUUUUAUACGAAGAUGAAUAUUUGGAGGGAUGCAAACUCUUUAAUGAAGAUUUAACAGAAAAUUACGAGAGAAUUGAAAUGACUGAAACUUCAAAAAAUAUUAGUUUUCAAGAAGAUUUCGUUGACGAUUCAUCGGGAAUUUCAGCACGUAAAAGAAAACGAAUUACAUUUGAAAGUGAUUCUGAAGAUGAGGAGGUGACAAAAGUAAAGAAAAUAAAAUUAAAAAGUGAAAAAAAUAAAAAUUCCUCGUCUAAUGGAAAUUCACAGGACAUUGAAAAUGAUAACGAAUUGGAAGAUCGAAAACCAAAAAUAAAGAAACGUAAAAAAAUUGUUACUGAUGUUGGAAAAGAAGAAAAUGAAAAUCCAGUUAAUAAUUCUUCGAUUGAUGAAAACACACAGGAUACUGAAAAUGAUAACGAAUUGGAAGAUCGAAAACCAAAAAUAAAGAAGCAUCGACAAAAAAUUGAAAAAGAAGAAAAUGUGAAACAAGUUAAUUCUUCCAUUGAUGAAAACGCACAAGACACUGAAAAUCAUAACGAAUUGGAAGAUCGAAAACCAAAAAUAAAGAAGCAUCGACAAAAAAUUAAAAAAGAAGAAAAUGUGAAACAAGUUAAAAAUUCUUCCAUUGAUGAAAACGCACAAGACACUGAAAAUCAUAACGAAUUGGAAGAUCGAAAACCAAAAAUAAAGAAACAUCGUAAAAAAAUUGACACUGAUGUUGAAAAAGAAGAAAAUGUGAAAUCAAUUGAAAAUUCUUUGAUUGAUGAAAACACACAAGACACGGAAAAUGAAAUUAUUGAUCAAAAACCAAAAAUAAAGAAACAUAAAUCAUCUAAUUCUGAAAUUGAAAAAGAAGAGAAAAAUGUGAAAUUAAAUAAAAAUUCACAGGACACGGAAAAUGAUAACGAAGCUGAUGAUCAAGAAUCAAUAAUAAAUAAAUCGCCAAAGAAGAUGAAAAAAUUGAAAAGAAAAAUUAAAAUUGAACCCGAUUCCGAUGAAAUAGAAAAUGUAAUAAGAAAAAUAAAGACUGAACCAUGUGACGAGAUUGUUAAAGUGAAAAAAGAACCAACUAAACUUAUAAAAUGUAAAAUUCAACCACCAGAUGAUUCUGAUUGAUGACAAAUUUUAUCAUUGAUAAACAUUUUUAAUUUCAAUUAUUUACAAUUUUGUUGUAAAUAGGAAUAUUUAAUUUUAUUCAAGAUAUUCGAUAAAAAUUAGAAAAAAAAGGCUUUCUUUAAUUUUAGAAAAAAAAAAGAAAAGUCAAGUCUUAUGUUGAAAAAAUGAAAUAUCAAAUAUUUUUUAAAUAGAAAAUAAUUUUUUCAUUUUUAUGUAAAUAUUCAAAAAAAAAAGUUCAACAUAUACGUUGUAAAUAAUUACAAAUAAAUAGCUAUUGUAUUAUUAUAACAGUA